AUACUGCCAUUGACGCGAGAUGCAAUCGCCCAAGUGCACUCUUCGAAGCACCUCACUAACCUACAGGACGUAAUUUUCGGCCUUCUGGAGAACAGUCUGGAUGCACGAGCUAGCAAGGUCGAAAUCAGUGUCGAUUUCCACCGCGGUGAUUGCACAGUCGAAGAUAAUGGAGUCGGCAUUCCACCAGUCGAAUUCGGCGAGGAUGGCGCGCUUGGGAAGAUGUACCAUACUUUUAAGUGUGCCGUACCAGUACACGACGAACUCCACGGCACGAACGGUGUCUUCCUGGCUUCGUUAGCGGCGCUCUCGUUGUUGUCUAUCACCUCAAGGCACAAGGCAACCAAUGAGCAUGUGGCGCUAACUAUGUAUCGUGGCAAGACCGUCGGUCGCCGGAUCCCUGCGCCUCUUAGUCAUGGUGUAUCUGCAUCCCAGGGAACGCGUGUUGAUGUUCGAGACCUUUUCGGAAACAUGCCUGUCCGUGUGAAACAGCGUGCCUUGUCCACAGCCGAUAAUGCCGACGACGAGCGGGCGUGGAAUGCCCUGAAACAAGGACUGGCCGCUUUGCUGCUAGCAUUGUCACGACCUUGUUGGGUCAAGAUACAAGACUCUCAGCAUGCGUCCAGAACCGUGACGCUGGCUGGCAGUCAUCCUGCGGCGUCCACUGCGCUGACAGAAAGGAGUCUGAACAGGAUGAGUAGCAGACCUUCAAAGUCUGACGUACGAGACCUUCUGCCAAUUCUGCUGCAAGCGGGUCUGGCGCCGGUGGAAACUCGUUGGAAAUGGGUCGCAAUAUCAGCGUUAGCGGAGGGCGUAUCUGUGAAGGGCGUCAUCAACCUAGAUCCUGUGCCCACAAAGCAGUGUCAGUUCAUCAGCGUUGGUGUCAAUCCCUGCUCAAGUGAGAGUGGUCAUAAUGAGCUCUACGAUGCUGUUAAUAAAGCGUUUGCCAGUAGCAGCUUCGGGACGCUAGACGACAACCAGGAACCAGAUGAGGCAGAAAAGGAACGGCGUAAGCGCGACCGCCGCUAUAAGUCCGAUGGCUACACACAGAAACAGCUCCGUACCAAGAAGGGCGUUGAUCGCUGGCCGAUGUUCAUAUUGCAAAUCAAGCUGCGAAGUAACGAGCGUACCCACAGCAUUCGAAAGCAAGAGACUGCCGGCCAGCUGGCGUCAAUGAUUGCUUUAGUGGAGGCGACAGUCAACCAAUGGCUCUCCACGCAUAAUCUGAAGCCCGCAGAGCCCCGAAAGCGAAAGAAUGAAAGCCAAGACAAGCCUGCUGCGACUUCAAGUCUGCGGGCGCUUCCAUCGUCCAGUUACAAGGAGACUAGGCGAAUCGUUGGGGAGAACUUGACAAUGCCAGUGCUACAGCGUACUGGCACUGCCAGCAGCGUGACUUCUUUGAAGAGACCCAAGACGCUCAAUGCUCUAGAGGAGCUGGUUUUGCGCAGACGCAAUGUCCUUGCAUGUGGUCCGAGCAACCACUUCAACAGCCUGAGUCGCAUUAAGAGCGGAGAGCGUGCCUUCUACACUCGGCUUUGGGAAUCAAGGAAGCCUGGCACGGCGCCUGCUGCACCAAUACGACAAAAGGAUCUGCCAAGUUAUAGUACGGCCACUUUACAGUUGCACCCCUUCACCGUCCCAGUGGUGGAAGCUGGGCUGCUGGGCAUUGGAAUGGCGAACCGUUUGCAAGUUCAGCCCGAGUCGCUAGCUGAGGUUCAGCAAGCAGCGGAUCCAUCUGUGGAGUGGAUUGACCCAGUAACAAAGCAGCAUUUCAUGGUGAAUACACGCACGGGGGCUGUGCUACCGGUAAGCGUCAAUCUAGGAGAAGAUAUGACUGUUAACGAUCAUGGCGACGAUACGCCGCAAAGUAGGCAUAGAGCGGCCAUUGACACAUCACUCUCCGGAGCCGGUCGGCCACUCAGCCUCGCUCGUCGAGGCGGAGAUUCUGCGUCUGAAACUGGGGCAAACUGGCUACCAAGCUUUCUAAAGGUCUGGGACAACCCAGUGUUCUGCCAUCCGUACGAGGAAGCCAUUCCAACAGCAGCCUUCAAUGGGCCUGGUGCCGAAGCUGUUGAUGCGAACAAUCAGCGGUGUGUGGAUCAAUGCCAUACGCAAUAUUUCUCGGAGGCGGGUACUCGCAGGACGAAGCACUUGUCGAAAGCUGCGCUACAGCAAGCUCGCGUAAUACGGCAAGUUGAUGACAAGUUCAUACUCUGUUGCAUGCCCGCUACAGAGAGCGGUGGGGACCGGCAGACGGUCAUACUGGUCGACCAACACGCGGCUUCCGAACGAGUCAUGCUUGAAGGCUUGCUGAAAGAACUCUGCACGCCAAUCGACCCGAGUACUCCCGCUGCUGGCUGCACCACUAGCUUGGGCUGCCGCGCAGGCGUUUUGAGUGUGCUGCUCGAUAAACCGCAGCACUUCCAGCUGUCGGAAAGGGAGGCUGAGCUGUUCACCAAAUAUGCUCAGCACUUUGCGGCAUGGGGCAUACUGUACGAUCUCUCUGCCUACACUCGGACUGCUACCGCUUCCCAGGUCAGGGAGUCGGCCCCCGAGCAUAGGCUCAGUGUUCGAGCCUUGCCACCGGGCAUCUCCGAGCGUUGUACGCUCUUCCCAAACCUGCUGAUAGAGCUGCUUCGGUCGGAAGUGUGGCACUUAGCACAGUCCUCCGCCCGACCGCGCAGGACUGCAUCUCUGCUCACAGGAGACGGGCCUGACCGCCACAAGAAGGACCCUCACACUUGGCUACAACGCAUCGGCUCCUGCCCCAAAGGUAUGAUUGACAUGCUGAACUCGCGAGCGUGCCGGUCAGCAAUUAUGUUCAAUGAUGUGCUUCCCGUGCCCCGAUGCGAGGCGCUUCUUGCGGACCUGAGCGCUUGUGCAUUCCCGUUUAUGUGUGCUCAUGGACGGGUGAGCAUGGUUCCCGUAGUAGAGCUUGGCGGA